UAAACGAUUUAAAAGAAAAUCACUUGUCACCUUAUCGUUAUGAUUGCCGUUACAUUGUUUUGCUUUUUAAUUCUAUCUCUGUGUAGCGCUCAAGGCGGUUUCUGGGAAACCGCCUUGAAAACAAGCGGUUUUAGUUCAGGUCAGCAGUAAUGAAGAUUAGAAAAAAUGAUAGAAUUCAAUUCUCUUGGCGAUUUCUGUAAAAUUCUCGUUACCAAAUCCCAAACUGGAUUUCUAAUGCUUCUAGAGAUACAAUCUGAAACAGGAAAGCUGGCAUUUGCAAGUGCCAAAGUUUUGGUUGUUACAAUACGUGGUUCCUCUCUGAGAUGGAGCAUGUUUAGCAUGGCAUAUGGUUUUAUUACAAAUCAAUUUAAAUAUCAGAGUGCUUUUAUUUUUUUAUUGGGUUGUCCUGGGGCAGUGAAAUGGCCUAUAGCACUAGUUUUUUCCAUAGUUCAAAGCACGCUGCUGUUAUUAAAAAGAAACAUAACAGGGAUGCACAUAGACUUUUGUGUAUCUUCGACGAAGGCUUAUCAAGGCACAAAAACAGGAAAAUCAAAUGUCCUCAGAGUUGCUACAAGGGCAAAUUAAUAAAAUUUUCUAAUGAUAAAACUAAAAGAUAUUGCCAAUCCAAACAAUCAUCUUCGUUACCUUUCAUUUGGGAGAAGAGCUAUUUAGAUAAACAUUCCAUGAAAGAAGAUGCUAAAAUGGAUUCUGAGUUGAGUGAAAUUACGAGGGAUGCUUUGAGCACAGAAGGUGGAAAGAUGGUUGACUCAGGAAAUGUUGAGGAAGAUACCUUUAUUUGUUUAGAAUGGCAAUCUCUCUGCACUCAGGUAGCGCAAUAUACAUCUACCAGCAUGUGCUAUUUGUUGGCUAAAGAAGGAUGUUUUCCCAUUGGUAGUGAUCUGCAUGAUAGUGAGGAAUUGCUGGAUCAAACAGCUGCUGCACUCUCGCUUCCUGAUGCUCUGGAUUUUUCUGGAAUUCAAGAUAUUAGGAAAAUAAUAAAAUCUGCUGUUUUGGGGGAAGCGUGUACUGUUAAUGAGCUUUGUGCUGUAAAGAGGACACUUCAGUCAGCAAGAAUCAUUUAUGAUAAGCUCUGCAGUUAUGCAUCAGAAAUGAAUGUUUCUGUUAAUGGAAAUUCAACAAGAAUUAAGUCACAAGAUAUGAAGGAACUUGAUCCUCUUUUCAAAAUCUUUGAAGGAGCAGAUUUUUGUACCAACUUAGAAAAUGAAUUGGAUCAUUGCCUUGACUGUGCUUUUUUGUCAGUUCUGGAUAGAGCAAGCCCUGCCUUGGCAUCUGUAAGGUCGAACAGAGGGAGCAAUAUGGAGGCUAUUGAAACAUUGAUUAAAGAGACUGCUAAAAGGAUUGCAGAAGUUGGGGGGAUUGACAGUCCAUUGGUUACAAAAAGAAGGUCACGAUUGUGUGUUGGAAUUAGAGCUGCCAAGAAGUCUUUACUUCCUGGUGGUAUAGUUUUGGAUGUCAGCAGUUCGGGUGCAACAUAUUUUAUGGAACCUAAGGAUGCAUUGUACCUGAAUAACAUGGAAGUGCAACUGGCUGCUGCAGAGCGAUCUGAGGAAUGUGCUAUCUUGGGCAGGCUGGUCUCCAGGAUAGCAAGUGAAAGUACCAAGAUCAUAAAUGUUUUAGAAAGGGUCAUAGUUAUAGAUCUUGCUUGUGCUAGAGCUGAUCAUGCUCGUUGGCAAGGAGCUGUGCGUCCUUUUUUUACCCAGAAAGAACACAUUACAGGAAGCAGUAUUUUAGGAACGGAGAUGAAUACUGAAAUCAAUGAAACUCAGUGUUCAUUUGUUGACAUUGAAGGUAUUCAACAUCCUAUACUCUUAGAGCACGCACUUCAGAAACCAUCUUCCAAAUUCAGUUCUCUAAGGCAUUCAUCCACCCAGAAACAUGAUGCUUCUUAUGGUGGUUCCAGAAAUGUUGAGACAGUCCAGAGCUCUGAUGACAAUAAAGUGAAAUUACCUGUGCCAAUAGAUAUUAAAAUAGGGCCUCAAAAAAGGGUAGUGAUCAUUUCUGGUCCUAAUGCUGGAGGAAAAACAGCAACAAUGAAGACGCUAGGACUUGCUGCUAUCAUGGCAAAAGCUGGCAUAUUCUUGGCAGCCAAGGGUCAACCAAGGUUACCGUGGUUUGACCAUAUAAUGGCAGACAUUGGGGAUAAUCAGUCUUUGGAGCAAAGUUUGUCCACAUAUAGUGCACACAUCAAGCGUCUGUGUAAAAUUAUGGAACUUGGCACCCGAAAAUCACUUGUUUUAAUUGAUGAAAUUGGAAGUGGUACUGAUCCUUCUGAAGGAAUGGCACUUUCAGCAAGCAUAUUACAGCAUCUUGCCUGUCACGUGAAUCUGACAGUUGUAACUACACAUUAUGAAGACUUGACUCGCCUCAAGGAUGAGGAUGAUAGAUUUGAAAAUGCUGCUAUGGAAUUUGAUAUUUUGGCUUUACUUCCAACCUAUCACAUACUUUGGGGUACUACUGGUCAGUCCAAUGCCUUAGAUAUUGCCCAGUCACUUGAAUUUGAUCCCAAUAUUUUGAGUCGUGCACGAGAAUGGGUGAAGAAACUGCUGCCAGACAGGCAACAGGAACGUCAAGGUGGACUUUUUGAAUCUCUCUCAAAACAGAGAUAUGAACUUCAGGAUCAAGCAAGAACAGUUGCUGCCAUUCUCUCUGACGCUACAGAACUAUAUCAUGAGCUUCUUGGUGAGACAGAAGAUCUCAAUGAACGCGAAGUGGACUUGAAGCUGAUGGAAGUGGAUGCUGUGAACAAAGAGAUAACUGAAGCAAAGUAUCAGAUUGAUGAAGCCAUUGCAAAGUUUGAGAAGAAAAUAUAUGGAGAAAACACAGAUAUAUCAGAAUUCAUGAGAAAAACUCAAGCAGAUAUAGCUUCUAUAGUGGGAAAAUACUGUUCAACUGCUAAAGAGGUGUUGAAUUCCCAGACAAAUACUGUUCAGACUAAUUUGCCUAUUCCCAAGAUUGGAGAUCAAGUUGUUGUUAAAAGAUUAGGUAGUAAAUUAGCCACUGUUGCAGAAACCCCUUCAAAAGAUGAUGGCAGUUUAUUGGUGCAGCUGGGAAGUAUGAAGUUUCGUGUUAAGGCUAGUGAUAUUGAGAAGAUUGUGAGCAGCAAGGAAGCUGAUACAAGUGGCUAUGUAUCAGUUAGGCAAAAGAAGAGGAGAAAUAUCAAAAGUCAAAAGAAUGUCAGGCAGAUCUGAACCACUUGAAGUUGAGGAAUUAAAUUUGACUCAGCCAUUUGAAUGUCAAGAAACACUUGAUGUGCAUUGAAGAAGAGUAGAUCUUGCCGUCCAAGCAACAGACAUUUCCGUAGCAUCAAUGAAUUUUCUUACAGUACUACUUGUGACUUCUCAACAUUGAGCAGAAAAGUUGUAAAAAUUUUAGCUGCACUAUUGUAUACAUUAGGUACCAUAUUGCUUCUUUUAAUUUAUUAUUUAGAAAUUCUUUUUAUUUGUAAUGUGACUUUGUAGAUUACAUGUCUAGACAUUCAAGGGGCUAUUAGGAACUUGCUAGAAUGCUGGACUUCCUCAAUGUACUUUGUAAUUUAUGUCUUAAUGAUGACUUAUAAGUGGAUCACAAA